CACCAAAUUCGCUAUUCAUCGGUUUCCGUCUAUUGUCAAAGAUGUUAAAGAAUUUCAACCAAACACAACUAUUGGAUUUCGUAAAAAUGAUUACACUUAAAGGUGAUACCAAAAUAGUCAAAUGUUUAUUGUUUACGGCUUCUACGGCUGAUCUCAGUGAUCCAACGUAUCUUGACACGUUCAUCCAACGCUUUCUGGGCGAUUACACCGACGACGAUUUAGUUUUCACGGAUAACGAUGACGGAUCCAUCACCGUUCACGCCGAACGAGCUAUGCCGAGGAACAGCUUUUGGGGAGGCUUCCUACGAUCGACAUUCUCCUCUUUAGCUGAUACUUCUAUAACUCGAGAAGACGUUUAUUGCAUUCUCGAGUGUUUGACUUGCGUAUCGGAUAAACUCGGAGGUGAUUACGCUCAAGAACUGUUGCUCCACCAAGACGAUCGGGGCUACGUCGUCAUUCAUCUACAUCAAGAAACCGUCAAACUCAUGUUGAAACGUUUACCAGAGAACAGCCAAGAGGAAGUGAAACAAAAGUGGAAGGAAAAUGUUCCGCCCAUGACGAAGGAUUCGUUCUUUUCAUUCAACUCUAUGAAAAAGUUGGACAGUUUAAAAAUGGCAAAGUAUUACAGCGAUGUAUUACAAUUUUACUUGGAUUAUGGCAGCGAGGUGCAACUCAGUGAAUGCGUUGAUAUUCUUACAUCUGUUCGUUUGAUUGACGGACAACAGCGCAGUGUAUGGAGUUACAUUUUUGAACAUUGUGAGGUAACAAAGACGAACGAAUUAUUGAAAUCUGUGUUGGAAACUUUCGGUCGGGAGGCCGUGAAAAAGUUGCUGCUUCACGAAAUGGAUCAAUUUCCUCUCAUACUGAAAGCUCCGUCCUGGGGAGAGGACAUUGACGGGAGGCUGGAAACAUUGCCACAAGAAAUACGAAAUGAUAUUCAACAAGUUGUUGAACAAAAAGCUGCCCAGCUCAUUGAUGAAGUGUUUCUACAUCACAAAACUUAUUUCGAAGUACCGAGAGAACAAUUUCCGAGAGAGAAAUAUAAAAAACGAUUAAACAUUUUGGUAUUUGUACUCAAAUACAGCAAUGCUCAACAACUCGAGCAAUUCGUAGAAAACAUCAUGACGUUGCAGGUUUCCGCGGGUAUCGCGGGUAUCUGGCCCAUCGUUCAGCCUACGCUCAGCAUAUGGGCUGAGAUUCUAAUCCACCCGUGUGACGAAACCACGACGAACAACGUUGCGACCAUGAACAUUAUUUUGGAAUGCGUUUCGCAGAGACUGGGCACAAAUGCCGUCAAAGAAUUAGUGCUCCACAAAAUCGAUGACAAGCCUGUCAUAUAUUAUCCUGCGGUUAGAGGAGAGGAGAGGAUGGUGGAGGCGAUGCUCGCCCAUUUGGAUGCCAAAAAUCGCAAAAAGAUUCAACGUCAAGUCAACGAGUUUUUAGACAAAACUUUCGAGGUCCCCUCUGAUGGCGCUGAACUACUGCCAUGAUGAAUCGUUUAAGUUUUGAAUCAAUUUUCAUGUAAUUGUAUUCUGACAAUCCAUCUGAUCGUGAAGCGUCAAUACAAGCAUUUCGAAAUUGCUGCGGAGAGAGUUACUCUCAUCGAGGUUGCACUGGAGACGACGCCACUUCAUUGGUGAAUUCAAGGUCCUGGUACCAGAUUGGAGAUGCUCUUGGUGGGGUUUUCUUCCGGAGAAUGAGAGAAAACGGCCGUUCAACGUGAAAAUUCCUUGAACGAGUCCACGGUGUUGCGCCUGAGGAGUGCCCAUAAAUGGUCACACCAUCUCAACCUGCCCUACAUCUGUUUGGACCACUCGGCCAACAAAGGAGACGACACUUUUCUACGUCACUGCACUGCAUCCA